CAGCACGGUACAGCAAGCCAAGGAGAGCAAACAGCCAGAGCGAGCAUCGAAGACAAAGGAAUAUGGAUCAAUAAACGGCUCUUGAAGCCUCAAUCGAAAUAAAAGCCGGGAAUCACGCAAGCUACGCCAGCUACCGCAUCACCAACCCGAAUUCCAUGGACGCGUCGUCGCAACACACGCGCCAACCGCCGACGAUGAGCAGCGACAGCACUCCAAACGCGCAAACGGCCUCCGGCGAGGUCACAGCCAUGCCGGACAGCUACAAGCAACCAGAAGCUCCAACUCCAUCAGAGGCUGUGCCUCGCACCAAUCUGGAAGACCUACAGUAUCGCGACCCCCAUCACUACCCCCCGAACAUACUCGAAGCCUCUAGUCAGCAUACCGUUUCCGCACUCGCCACGAAAAUAUACACGCUAUCAUAUCUUGUCCUAUUCUCUUUAUUCGGAACCCUGGCCCGCGUCGGCCUCACGGCGCUGACCUCGUAUCCUGGCGCGCCGGUCUUUACCACCGUCUGGGCCAAUGUCGGCGGCAGCUUCAUCAUGGGGUUCUUGACGGAAGACCGAAUGCUAUUUAGACACGAAUGGGGCCGAGCCGUCUAUGACGAAGCUAUCCGUGCAAGAAAGGACGGCGAAGACCUUUCCGCAGCGAAAAAGGCCCAUCUUGCAACCAAGAAGACGAUCCCGCUCUAUGUUGGCCUUGCUACUGGCUUUUGUGGCAGCUUUACAAGCUUUUCGACGUUUCUGAGAGAUGUGUUUCUGGCUGCUUCGAAUGAUUUACCUGUCCCAGGUGGCGGAUUCACUACACAUAGAAACGGUGGAUAUUCUUUCAUGGCGCUGUUGGGCGUCCUCGUCACAGACAUCACGCUGUCUCUGGGUGCAUACACCAUGGGCUCACAUCUAGCAGCCGCAACAGAAGGUUUGCUCCCAUCUCUCCCAUUCCACUUCACACGCAAAAUUUUGGAUCGUGUAGCUGUGGUAUUAGGAUGGGGCUGCUGGCUUGGUGCCGUUUUCCUGUCCAUCUUCCCUCCUCACGAUCACUGGCGCGGUCAAAUUACAUUUGCUCUCGUCUUUGCACCUAUUGGUUGUCUUGGCCGGUUCUACCUAGCCAUGUAUCUUAACGCCAAGCGACCCUCGUUUCCACUCGGCACAUUUGCCGCCAAUAUUAUUGGCACCGCCAUCUUAGCAAUUGGCUGGGAUGUAGCCCACGUCCCGGCCGGAGGUGUUAUAACCUGUCAAGUCAUGCAGGGCUUGGAGGACGGUCUCUGCGGAUGCUUAACGACCGUGUCUACAUGGGUGGCAGAGCUACAUACAUUACGGAGGAAACAUUCGUAUAUAUAUGGCGCAGCAAGCGUUAUCACAGGCUUCGCGCUAAUGAUUAUUAUAAUGGGCGGCCUGCGAUGGAGUCAAGGAUUCCAUCCAUUGCUUUGUAAGAUAUAGAACAAAUGUAAUAAUUAUUAUAAUUUUA